GUUCGUCAAGUAUUGCAUGCCAGAAAGUCGUCGUCGCUAGACAAGGAAAAAUGGCAGACGGAGAGCAUACGCUUCCAGCCGACGAGGAGCUCUUCGAGCAACCACCACCACAGCAACAACAACCCGAAAUCGCCGAGCCAAUUGUUAUGGCUCAAGAGCCCAUUCAAGGAGUCUCAGAGGAUCCACAAGCUUCUGAAGCGACACACGAGGCUCCAGACAAUUACCCAGUUGACCAUCAAAUGGAGAAUCAGGAAUUCUACCACGAACCGCAAAUCCCCGAGCCGCAGCAGAUUCCUCAGAUUCCAGUCUUUCAACCGGCGGCCUACAAUCCGCCAAACUACGUUGCUCCACAGCAGAGAGCGAAUAAUUUUGGUGAACCAGCAGCAGCAGAUGCUCGUCCAUUGACAGAACAAGAACAAUUGGCAGCCGAACGACCGACUGAAGACACAGUUUGGAUCGAUUCUGAUGAUGAUACUGAUGUGGAAGAGGCGAUUCUGAGGGCAAACUUCUGGUUGCCGUAUAGUGACCACAACUACGAUCCGCCGGAUCCCGCGGACCGAAUCAUUCUCCCGACAGAAGGCCCGUUCCCGUGUAUCGCCGGCCUGGACGAAGACUGCAACAUUGUCAAGCAAUGGAUGCCCGAAGACGCCGUCGGCCCGGGAUCCCCGGGAACACAGUACCGACGAAACCAGCAGGCGGGCGGUGGUCUUCCAUCAACGUCAGUGGCUUCCCAGCAGCAACAGCUUCCUGUGCGCCAUAAUAUUCAAAAUCGGCCGAUGGUUGCUGCGCAGCCUUUCUCGAUCGGUGGAAAUCAAGUGGAGUAUGGUGGAAUGGAUUCGAGAAUGCAGCAGAGAGGCGUCGUCCGAGAUGGUCCGCAAUAUCGCGUCAUGAACGAUUUUGGAAAUGGUCUACCAAUGCGCGGGCUACUUCCACCACGAAACUCGCCGGCCGCCAACGCGAUCAACAGAGCUCGAGAGCAGCAACAACAAAUGUAUCAUCAAGCUGGAGCACGUGGAAGCUUACAGCAACGUGCUGCCCCGGCUCCGGCGGAUCCAACACCCGGCUCUUAUCAGCAUAUCGUGAAUGCGGUGCCAGGUGGAGGAGCUAAUCCGAUGCGUCGUGUUCCACCACAAGCUAGACCUGGAAUGAUUGGAGGAGCGGCGAACAAUAAUCGUGCUCGUCCGACCCAUGUGACUCGUCCGAUGGAUACCCAAGAGUUUGAGCAUCCUGUUGCUCCAGCAGCUGCUCCACCGCACAGAGUUGUCGACGUGGCUCCUCACAGAAUGACUCCGGAGCAACGACAGGAGCUUCAGCAGAUGAACCGUCAACGGGCGGCUCCACAAUUUCCGGCUGCUGCAGCUCAAAGAUCCGCGGAAGUGAUUGUGAUUCAGCAGAGACCAGGAGCUUCUAGCAGAGCGCCAAGACCAUCUAUGGCUCAGGAGGACUUGCUCCGCUCACCGACUCGCCGACUUUCGGAACGAGUUCCACAAGAACAUCAGACGCCAGUGCUGGAGCCGAGAAGAUUCCAGGUUAAGGUGACGGAUACCUACUCGACGCCGAUUCCGAAGGCUAGUGAUCAGCUACCAGCACAGUUGACUGAAGAGGAUCCGCCAGAGGAGUCGGCUGCUGCUGCUGCUCCAGAAGAUGUGCCGGAUGCUGCUCCAGAAGAUCCUCCAAAAGUAAUCCUGAAGCCGACGCCGCCGCAUCGAAUGACUCAGGAGGAGAAGAAUGCUCAUUUUGCCAGGCUCACUACGGAUAAGGAAAAGCCGACUUCAAGUACCUCCAUUCUUCCACAAGAUGCUGCUCCGCCACACGUUCCACCACCACCACCACCACUUGUCCUCCGUCCCCAUCAUCAAGACGAGACCCUGGCAAUGGUUCAAUCCGUGUUCGAAUCGAAACCACGCCAGCCGGACACUCCAAAGGACAAGGAGACGAUCUCGAAGAUUGCCGAUUUGUUGAGAUUCAGUGCUGACGAGUUUACCGGACAAUCUGGGAGCUCUGCUGCUGCUCGGCAGAGAACUGUCAGUGGAAGUGCCGCACGAGCUCAGACUUAUCAGAUGCAUCAUCAGCAGCAGCAGCAUCAUCAUCAAAUGCCGAUGGAUCAGAGAAAACGACCAAGUUCUGGAAGAUAUGAUGCUCUGAUGGGAGCGAUGCCACUUCAGCAACAGCCUCCACCACCACCAUCACAAUUUCAGCACACUGAUUCGAUUGCUCAUCGUCCACGUGGAAGGCCGAAGGGAACGAGGCAUCCUUCAGUUGCAGUGCAGCCUCAAAGAUCUGGAGGAGCUCGAACCCUACCGCCACGAGCACAGACUGUCGCAAUGUCGGCUCGAAAUGGAGCAAACGCGAAGAAUUCGGAUUCCGAAUCCGAGGGAAUCGAUGAAGCCGCCGAGGAGAGCUGGACGAUGCGAUGCCACUGUGGUAUGGAUCAUGGUGAUGGGGAUACGAUCGAGUGUGAGGGAUGCAAGACGUGGCAGCAUAUGGCUUGUAUGGGUCUGACGCUGAAGAGCAACACGUCAAAGUACAAAUGCGAGAUGUGCUUGCCGAGGCGGCUUCCCGUGUCGAAGGCGGAAGCGGCUCGAGAGCAGGAGCGGAUUUUGAAUCGGCUUCGAGCGGCGGCCAGGAAGCAAAAGAGGAAGAGUGAGCCGGUGGAGCAGAAGCAGAAGUCAUCACAGCCAUCAACAUCGCGAAAAUCGGCGCCAAUGGCUCUCCAACAACCGGCGGAACCCCGUGUCGCUCAGCUCAAUGACUACUCGAAGCAGGCGUCGGCUCUGCUGUUUGGAAUGGAGCAGACCGCAGGUGCGGACACGCUGCUCGCCGAGUCGCGUCUCCACAAAAAGGCUCGUCGAAUGUUUGUGGAGGAAGCCGUUGAGGCUCUGGUCACGACGGAUCUUGUGCAGAUUCGGCAGGUGAUUCUCGAAGUGAAUGGACACGUCUCGAUGUCGAGUGAGGUGAAACGGCAGCCUGGCGGAGGAAAUUGCAUUUUUAUGUACGAUGGAUUGAUGAAAGGAACCGCCGGCGAGGAUAUGGGUGACGGGCAGGAGCUGGUUUGUAUCGAUACGAAGCGGAAAGGAAAUGAUACGAAGUUUACGCGGAGAUCGUGUGUUCCCAACUGUGUUCUGAAGCACGUGCUCGGCUCGAAUGCCACACUGGGUAUUAUGAUUGUCGCGACGAAGGAUAUCACGAGAAACACGGAAGUCACACUUCCAUUCGAUGCGGAUUGGCGAGAAUCAGAGGUUGAGCUCGAGUGUGCUGAGCAUAUGAAGGAGCUCCAGGCGUGUCCAUUCGAAAGUGAGAGACGUCGAUUCGCGGCCGAACGACAUCGAGCGAUGGAUCAUAAGAAGCAAGAGGCUGAAGAAGCUCGUCGAGCUGAUGAGGAGCGUCGGAGGCUUGAGGAGGAAGUUCGGCGGGAACGGGCCGCGAAGACGAAGCAGAUGGAUGAGGCGGAGAAGGCGAGGUUGGAGGCGGAGAAGGCGGCCGAGAAGGAGAAGAAGGCGAAGGAGAGGAAGAAGAUGGAAGCUUCGGCGGCAGCAGCACCAGAAUCUACUAAUUCGAUAACGGCGCGAGAAGAACGUCGCAUCCAGCAAGCCGAAGAGAUGUUCCGCCGCCAAGAAGAGGAAGGAAAGCGUAAAGAAGCACGACGUCGCUCGAAAUCUGUGACUCCUGGUGUGUUGGAAGCCGCCGGCACCGCGGCUCGAGAAGAUGCUCCAGAAGCAUCGAUUCCUGUACCAGCACCAUCACCACCGGCUUCACGUCGAUCUGUGAGCCGAACAACUCAGCCGAGCACUUCAAGCUUUGCGACGCCUACGGAGCCUCCGGCGAAAAAUAAGAGAAUGCGAAGCGUCGUUCCACCGAAAUCCGAGCCAGCUUCAUCGGCGAAACGUGUGCGAGCAACUACUGUGGCCACACCGAAAGCCACCACCGCCAAUGAUUCCAGAAAACGAACAGCCUCCGCUACUGGGAAGACUCCUGUCGCGAAACGCUCGAAGAAUGUUGCUCCGACAUCAUUCGCGCUCGCGCUCAUUGAGAAGGAGCUCCGCGAGCAGGCCCGCAACUCGACGGUUUUGGAGAUGAUUUUGCCGGAUUAUAUAAUGAAUGAAGAACGAAGUGGGCUCCUCGCAGGGCAGUCGCCGGAUUUCUCGGAAGUUCGAGCUCAGAUUGAGGAGGAGAAUCGGAUGAAGGAGCGGUCCAGGAAGAGGGAGGCGAAGAAGAAGGCGGUGGAAAAGGAGAAGAAGGAGCACAGGAAGGAGCCUAAGAAGACCAACGAGCCUGGCCCAGCGCCGAAGUCUGAAAAGGCUGUGGAAAAGGCUGUAGAAAAAGUGGAAAAGAAGCCGAAAUCUCCGCAAAAGCCGCCUGCAAAGCCUACUGCUCAAAACCCGCCGCUCAAAAAAACCGAAGAAGUUGAUGGAAUCGAGCGAGAAGCGUCUGAAUCAUCGUCGAAAGAGUCGUCGGUGGCGCCCGAGGAGAAGAAGAAUCCGAAGAAGAUCACAUUUGCCGAGUACAAUAGUCGUAGAUCACAGAAGCGUGAAGCUGGCGAGUGCUCGACGCCACCGGCAGUGACUCGACGUGGAUUUAUUCCGAGUACGGAAGGCGAGGAUUUGGUGAAUGUUGAGCUCUCGGCGAUCCCACUCGACGAUCAUCCCUCAUCAUCCAACACGGCCCCCACCACGACAAUUGCUCCAUCCGUCGGUGGUGCUCCAAAACCCACAAGCGUCGUCGUCAAAUCUCCGAGCACACGUUCUCGAACUCGUGGAGCCGCUAGCGAAAGUGCCGACGAUGCUCCAGCUGAGCACAGUAUGUCGCUUCAGGACCGAGUUUUUUCAAUGUUCGGAUCGACAGUUGAUGCUCCAGCUCCACCACCACCACCAGCGAGUGCUGAAACAAACUCGAGACGAAGCCGUUCAACCCGUUGGAAUUAGCAAGGAAUCUGCGAAAACCUUGAAGAAUAAAAUUGUCCCAUAUCUCUUUCUAUCUCGAUUCGAGCCCCCAAUGCUUUCUCAUAAUUGUUUUUUUGUUGUGGAUUUUCAACUCUUUUGCCACUUUUUCCCCUUUUUUCUCUAAAAAUCUCAAAAGUUAUUCGUUCGUCAAACUGUUUUAUAGGUCAGGUACCUUUUUUUUGCCGUUUUCAAAAUCCACGAUAUGGAGAUUUCAUGGAAUUUUUAAAAGAUCUCUCUUUAUCACCACUAAAAAACCUCUAUUUUCACUUGUUCUUUUUUUCAUUUCUUUUUUCUUUUUAUUCCCCCCUGCACCGCAAUUUAUUGAACUGGUAGUACAGUACCACUCCUCCCCACAACGCCCACACACCGCAUACAGUAAUCCUUCACUUUUUCUUCUAGAAAAAAAAACUGCUGCAUUUCCCUAAAUAUUUGUUUUUUGUGUUCUCUCUCUCUGUAUCUCUUUUUUUUGUCUCGAAAUAUUAUUAAUUAUCAUAUUACGAUAUAUCCCC